CUCCUGAGGAGCUCUGGAGGGAGUAAAGCAUUGUAAUUAUUCACAGCAAAAGUGUGACAACGGAUAGCCGGAGCUCACCAAUUUUUAUGCAGUUCAUUUCCAGGACGUUUUGUGGGGGUUUCUGCGCGUGUGAAAAGAAGGCCAGCCGUGCUGUUUGACACUUGGUUUGAAGAGGAAUUAUUCAGUACAGCAAGUCCAGUGUAUCAGAAUGGAGCUUCAGAAAUUGAACGGACACAGUCGAGAAGAUGGCUUUGAUGGACUGGAUGCCAUGGCUGAACAUGAGGAAUUUCUCCCGCAUAAAGGUGGUGCUAAAAAAGAAACCCACUUCACAGAUUUCGAAGGGAAGACUUCAUUCGGGAUGUCCAUUUUCAACCUCAGUAAUGCCAUCAUGGGCAGCGGAAUUCUGGGAUUGGCUUUUGCCAUGUCCAACACUGGAAUCCUUCUUUUUAUAAUUCUGUUGGUGUUCAUUGCUAUUCUGUCCGCGUAUUCAAUCCACCUACUGCUGAAAAGUGCGGGAGUUGUUGGCAUCCGGGCAUAUGAGCAGCUUGGGAACAGAGCUUUUGGCCCACCUGGAAAAAUUCUGGCGGGGAGCAUCAUCACAAUACACAACAUUGGAGCAAUGUCCAGCUAUCUCUUCAUUGUCAAGUCCGAGCUCCCGCUGGUUAUUCAGGCUUUUCUUGGCAAAUACGAAAACACGGGAGACUGGUUCUUGAACGGAAACUACUUGAUCAUCAUUGUUAGUGCUGCCAUCAUCCUUCCUCUUGCACUCAUGAAACAACUUGGUUAUCUGGGAUAUACUAGUGGCUUCUCGCUUUCUUGCAUGGUGUUUUUCCUCAUUUCGGUAAUCUAUAAGAAAUUCAACAUCCCUUGUCCGCUGGCGGAUAGUCAGCACAACAUCACCCUCAUGGCCGACAAUGACACAGUCACUGAAGAUCUGGAAGACUUUUGCCACGCCGAACUUUUGACCAUCAACUCACAGACGGCAUACACCAUCCCAAUUCUGGCCUUUGCAUUUGUCUGCCACCCCGAAGUGCUGCCCAUCUACACAGAGCUACGAGAUGCCACCAAGAAGCGUAUGCAGAAUGUUGCCAACAUUUCCAUCUUGGCCAUGUUCGUCAUGUACCUGCUGACGGCACUUUUUGGGUACCUCACCUUCUACGGUGCUGUGGAGUCUGAACUGUUGCACACCUACAUCCGUGUGGACCCCCUCGACGUGCUGAUCCUUUGUGUGCGCCUGGCCGUGCUCGUGGCUGUCACGUUGACUGUCCCUGUAGUUCUCUUCCCGAUCCGCCGAGCCGUACUUCAGAUCUUGUGCCCUGACAAGCCUUUCCACUGGGCCAGACACAUUUCCAUUGCGUUGUUCCUCCUCAUUCUGGUCAACCUGCUCGUCAUCUUCGUGCCCUCCAUCCGUGACAUUUUUGGACUCAUCGGAGCCACAUCGGCCCCCAGCCUCAUCUUCAUCCUGCCUGGAAUUUUCUAUAUACGAAUCGUUCCUGCAGAACAAGAACCUUUUCUGUCCAGACCCAAAAUUCAGGCUGCAUGCUUUGCUGCAUUGGGAUUCGUCUUCAUGGUUGUGAGUUUGUCAUUUAUCUGCAUCGACUGGGUGAGCGGAGAGAAUCGAAGCGGCGGUGGACACUAGUUGCUCGCUGAGGUCCUAGCAAUAACAAAAUGUGAACCGAAGCCCCUCCCCAUCAGUAAAUGUAUUGUUCUCCAGCAGCCAUACAGUACAUGCUGGCAUUGAAAGAAGAAAUUGAAAAAAAGAAUGGGACACCUGGAAGGCCCUGCAAUGGAAGAGAGAGCACGGACUGUCGUGACUGAAUUCACCCUUUGUUACAGCCUGAGAUAUACAGUACUCCAUUUUUAAUCUCGCAAAGGGAGUUAAGAAAAAAUAGCAACAGUGUGACUCAAUCCAAUCGAGGGUAUGGAUGCAAAAGUUCUGUGGAAAAGCAGCAAGUCACUGCCAAAGUUCUCUAUAUCCACUUCCCAUCUCGACUUUGUAAUACACAGCGGUGCCUUGAGAUCCGAAUGACCUGACUUAUAUGUCAUGGCUGUUUGUAUGCCGCUCACAGUUAAGUUUACUGUCAAACUUAACAUAGCACAAAGAUAAUUACACCUUGUAAUGUGUAUU